UCCCAUCACCCCUCGCGCGUUGCGUCCCUCCCCCUCUCCCUUCCCCCGCUCUCUCUGUGCCCCCUCCCCGCCGUUCCCUCCUCCCCGCUCUCCCUUUCCGCCCGUUCCGCCCCUCACCGUUCCCCUCUCCCCCCUCACCCCGCUCUAUUUUUUUUCCCCGUUUUCCUCCGUUUUUCCCCCAUUUCUCCCCCACCAUGUCCGAGUCCCUGGGCUGGUGCGUGGAGGCCGUGCGGGCCGCGGCCGAGCCGUCGCUGUCGCGGGCGCUGCUGGCGCUGCGCGCCCGGCACACGCGGCGGGCCGGGGGCCCCGCGCGGUUCCGGGAGCGAGGGGGGCUCGGGCCGCUGCUAGAGCUGGUGGGGCCCGAGAGGCCCCGGAGGGUGCUGGAGCUGGCACUAAGCGUGCUCGGGAACUGCUGCACCGAGCCCGGCUGCCGGCGGCAGACCAGGAGCCUCGGAGGGGUGCCGCGGCUGGUGUCGCUGCUGGCGCUGCCCGCCGCCCCCGAGAGCGUGUGGAACCGCGUGGCCCGCACUUUGGCCAACCUGGCCCUGGAGCCCGAGGGCGCCCGCGCUGUGCUGGACGCCGGUGCCGCUCCCCUCCUGAUCUCCCUCACCUCCACCUGCACCACCCCCGGCUGCCUGCUGAGCGCCGCCCGCGCCCUCCGCAUCCUCGGCACCCCCCAGACCCCCCAGACCCCCCCCAAAUCCCCUCCCCAGGACCCCCCUCUCCCCUCCCCCAGCCGCGCCCUCGCCGUCUCCGCUCUCUCCGCCCGCCUGGCCGCGCUCGGCCCCGCCGACCCCUGCUGCCCGCCGCUGGCCCGGGCGCUCCGGGGGCUUCUCCUCGCCCCCUGCCCCUCCUCCGUGGCCGAGGCCGCGACCCCCGCCCUGGGCGCGCUGGCCGCUCUGGCCGCCCGGCCCGCCCUGGACCCCCGGGGGUCGGCGCUGGCCGCGCUGGCCGCGCUGGGGACGCGGGGCUGGCUGCGACCCGCGCUGGGGGCGGCCGGGGCCGUGGAGGCUGCGGUGGCCGCCGUGAGGAGGGGGCUUUCCCAAUUUGAGUCUGGGGUCCGCGCGCUGUGCCUGCUGUGCCGCGAGGCGGUGAACCGGGCGCGGCUGCGGCGCUCGGGGGGUCUGGGGGCUCUGCUGGGGGUCCUGCGGGACCCCCGGGCGCGGCGCUGGCACCGCCCGGUGCUGCUGGCGCUCAGCGCCUUCGCCUGGGACCCCCCGGCCCUGCGCGCCCUCGAGAAGUGGGGGAAGCCGCCGCCGCCCCUCCCCCCCUCCGUGCGGGCUCUGGCGCUGCCGCCCAUCCCCCCCCUGCUUUUCGGGGACCCCCGGAGCCCCGAGACCCCCGUGCUGCUGCUGCUGGAGCGCCUGGCCCAGCCCCCCCGCCCCUCCCCCUCCCUCCCCUCCCCCACCGUGGUCUCGGCCCUUUUGGGGUACCUGGCGGGGGUCCCGCGCCCCUCCCCCCGCGCCCCCCGCCUGCUGCAGCUUUUGGUGCAAAAUCCGCAAUUUUUGGGGCUCCUGGUGAGGGGCUUCGUCCCCUCGCUGAUCCACGCCUGGCUCGUGCUGGGGGUCCCGCCCCAAAAAUGGGUCCGGGAGGUGGGGGAGGGGAGGGACCCCCACCCCAAAUACCCCAAAGUGAUGGGGGAGGGGAGAGACCCCCACCCCAAAGUGAUGGGGGAGGGGAGAGACCCCCACCCCAAAUACCCCAAAGUGAUGGGGGAGGGGAGAGACCCCCACCCCAAAGUGAUGGGGGAGGGGAGAGACCCCCACCCCAAACCCCUGGCAGAGGGGAGAGACCCCCGCCCCAAAUCGCCGGGACCCCCGAAGGAGAGGAGGGAGAGGCUGAGGGAGCUGGGUGAGGCCCUGCUGAGGAGCCUGGCGGCCACGGCGGCGUCGCCUUUUGGGGUGGGGGUCCUGACCCACGGGCUGAGGUGUGGGAGCCCCCCCGCCCGCCUGGCCUGCGCCACCGCCCUGCCCCUGCUGGCCAGGCCGGGCUCGCCGCUGUGGCCGCUGCUCUGGGGUGGGGGAGGGGCGCUGCCGCUGCUGCUGGGCGCCGUGGCCGCCCGGGGUGGGGGAGGGGCCGGGGCCGGGGCCGCCCCUCCCCCCCUGGCUCUGUACGCGGCCGCCGCCAUCGGAGCCGUCAGAGCUCACCUGGGACAGGUGAACGGCCACGGGGACAGCGGUGACACCGACGGGGACCUGGGGGACACCUGGCCACACCUGGCCACACCUGGGGACGCAGAGAACGGAUUUGGGGACACCUGGGAGCACCUGGACACACCUGGGGACAUCCAGGACACACCUGGGGACACCUGGGACACCUCUGGGGACAUUGGGGACACACCUGGGGACAUUGGGGACACACCUGGGGACACCUCCGGGGCGCUCUCACCUGGCCCCAGGUGGCCCCAGGUGGCCCCGAGAGCCCCAAAACGUCCCCAGGUGUCCCCAGGUGUCCCCAGCUGCCGUGCCCAGGUGUCCCCACCCCCCUGCAAACGUCCCCGGCUGGCCCCAAACCCCCCGGAAAUGUCCCCAAACGUCCCCAGCUCCUGUCCCCAGGUGUCCCCAAUGUCCCCAAAUCCCCCCAGGUGUCUCUAAACUCCCCCAGGUCCUGUCCCCAAGUGUCCCAAAUGUCCCCAAAUCCCCCCCAGGUGUCCCUAAACUCCCCCCAGGUGUCCCCACGCCCCCCCC